AUGCCCCGAGAAAUUAUAACACUUCAGGCAGGACAAUGUGGAAACCAAGUUGGCUCCGAAUUCUGGCGAUUACUUUGCGCUGAACAUGGAAUUCGGCACGAUGGAAUUGUAGAACCUUUUGCUAGUGGUGGUGAUGAUCGAAAAGAUGUCUUCUUUUAUCAAGCUGAUGAUGAUCACUAUAUUCCCCGUGCACUUCUUAUUGACUUGGAGCCGCGUGUAAUUAACGCCAUUCAGCGCGGUAGUAUGCAACGUCUUUUUAAUCCAGAAAAUGUUUACAUUCACGCAGAGGGAGGUGGUGCUGGAAAUAAUUGGGCACAUGGGUAUGAGUUGGGUGAUACCGUGCAAGAGACACUUUUUGAUAUGAUUGAGCGUGAAGCUGAAAAUAGUGAUAGUCUUGAAGGAUUUGUACUUACACAUAGUAUUGCAGGUGGAACAGGAAGUGGUAUGGGAAGUUAUCUUCUUGAACACCUAAAUGAUAGAUUUCCAAAGAAGUUAAUUCAGACGUAUAGUGUUUUUCCAAACCAAUCUCGUGGGGGUGACAGUGAUGUUAUUGUACAACCAUACAAUAGUUUACUCGCUAUAAAGCGUUUAACACUACAUGCUGAUUGUGUGGUUGUAUUGGACAAUACCGCUUUAAAUCGUAUUGCGACAGAUAAUCUUCAUAUUUCUUCACCCACGGUUGAACAAAUGAAUGGAUUGGUAAGUACCGUAAUGGCAGCAUCGACUGCUACCUUGCGAUAUCCUGGAUACAUGAAUAAUGAUCUUAUGAGUAUGUUGGCAUCAUUGAUUCCAACACCGAGGUGUCACUUUAUUUGUACUGGAUAUACUCCAACCACAUUAGAUACUUCUAAUAUUCAAUCAUCUGUGCAAAAAACAUCUGUACAUGACGUAAUGAGGCGAUUAUUAAUGCCAAAAAAUAUGAUGGUUUCAACAUCUAUGAAAAGUGGAUGCUACAUAUCUUUGUUAAAUCUUAUUCAAGGAGAUGUAGAUCCAGCGCAAGUACACCGUUCACUUGAGCGUAUCCGAGAACGCUCGCCUAACUUUAUUCCAUGGGGACCCGCUUCAAUUCAAGUUAUUCUUUCAAAGAAAUCUCCCUACGUGGAUACACGACACCGUGUAAGUGGAUUAGUGAUGGCGAACCAUACCAGUAUCAACUCUCUCUUUCAGCGAACACUGAAGCAAUUUGAUCUUUUAUUUAACCGUGGUGUCUUCUUAGAGCAGUAUAAAAGAUACGGGCCUAUGAAGGAGAAUCUUGAUGAGUUUAAACAUUCUAGGGAGGUUGUAGAAAGUUUAGUGAGUGAAUAUAAGGCGUGUGAGAGUUCUGAUUACAUUCGCAAUUUUUAA